CCAGCAGUAGCCCCUGUUGCUAGCUGUACACUUUCCAGCCAUGUCUGAAGCCAAGGCUUUCAAAGUCCGGGUGACUUUUGCUAUUAUUCUGAUAGGUGUUGCUUUGAUGUUUACGGCAGUGGUGACGGAUCACUGGGCUGUGCUGAGUCCCAAAGUGGAGGAAUACAACACUACCUGUGAGGCAGCUCACUUUGGGUUAUGGCGGAUCUGUAUAAAACGGAUCUUCAUGGAAGAAAACAAGAUGGACAAGGAACAGGGUUGUGGGCCAAUAAGCCUGCCAGGAGAACACAACUGUUCCUAUUUCACUCACUUUGUCUCAGGAGAAAGCACAGAGAUAUUUCAAGUAUCAACACAACGAGAAUACAGCAUUUCUGCAGCUGCCAUUGCCAUCUUCAGUGUGGGCUUUUCCAUCAUUGGAACCAUUUGUGUCCUCUUAUCCUUCCGGAAGAAGAUGGAUUACCUGCUGAGGCCAGCUGCCAUGUUCUAUAUAUUUUCAGGCCUGUGCAUCAUCAUAUCUGUGGAAGUUAUGAGGCAAUCAGUCAAAAAGAUGGUUGCCAGCGAUGAGACAGACUGGAUAGAGUACCACUACUCCUGGUCCUUUGCCUGUGCCUGUGCCUCUUUCGUCUUGCUAUUCCUCUGUGGAGUGGCGCUCCUGCUGAUCUCCUUGCCUCGCAUGCCACAGAACCCGUGGGAGACUUGUAUGGAUGCUGAGCCAGAGCAUUAAGUCUUGCCAGUUCAAGUUGCCACUUAAGCCAUAUCAUCUCUCCUGCUCCCCAAAGGUCAGCUAUAUAUAGAGAGAGAUUAUCAUGGACCUUCAGGAGUUGGUGUCGGAACACUGAACCAUUUUUGGAUAAUGCCUACUGAGAGAAUCGGCUAGGAGUCGAAUGCAAAACCCUGAGAUAAAAGAAGUGAUUAAGAUUAUUGGUUUUGACAAGAUGUACAAAGACUUGGCUUGAUAAUGCUGCUAGAUUAUAACAGCCCGGAAGAGUUUGGAUUAAAUUUAACUGAAUGGAAAUACAAACUUAAGAAAAAGAGAAAUUUUGACUAAGUAGGAGUUGUGGCCACUCUUUUAGGGACAAACAACUUGAUGCCCUCCUGAUGUUUUGGGCUAUGGCUCCCAUUACUCCUUCACGAUUGGCCAUAUCAACGGGCCCAGAGGACAUGUAACCCAAAACAUCUGGUGGACCCCUGCCCCAUUUGAUUAGCACUAGGAACGACAAAGCAAAAAAACCUUGAAUCAUAUUUUGUCCAGGUAGAAAAUUUUUCUCCAUCUGUAAAUAAACUUACCACCAAUUUGGGGGAACUCAUAAUGUUAUUAAGCACAUUACAACAAUAGUUUAUAAAAAAGGAUUUUGAAUAACAUGAAGAAAGGAGAGUCUUCCAAGACAUAUUGUGAACACAUUGCUGCUUAGAGUCAACACUGAUGAUUUUUAUUAUACUUCUUAUAUGUCAGCUAGUAAUUUGUUGAGUUGGUAUGAUAGGGAAAUGGCAGAGACAAGGAAAUUGAAUUUUAAAAAAAAUCAAAUUAUACAGAAGGAAGCCUGCAAGGGAUUUGCUCCAAGCAUCAGCUCAUAUUUUUAACUAGUCUUCCCCAGUCUGCCACUGUCCAGAUGCGUUUGACCACAAUUCCCAGCUGAUCCCUGGCUUUGCUGGUGGUGAAUUACUAAUGGUGGCAGAUUGGGGGAUGCUAAUCUACAUCUUCAAGGAUUCUAGAACAACAACAGUCACAUUCCACAAACAGCAAACACGCUUUUACCAGAGAGAAUAAACAGAAGUUUUCCAGCAGGAGAAAAAUACAGCAUGUACUUUUUAGAAUUUAAUAGCAUUUGCAGCAUGGAUAGGAUUUGUAGAGGGUGAGGAGCCAUUAAACCGGUUUGAGUGCAGGAGGUAGCAAGUUCUAAAUGCUUCAGGUCAGGUGGCAGAAGAGUACCUGUCCCAGAAUCUCCAAAAACUAGAGGUCCAUGAACCAAAGGAAUAGCAAGACAAGGACUGAAUUAUAGACACCUGACCCAGAAAGCAAGUGCCAGAAGAUGAGUUUUCUAUUCUCAAAAAUAAAAUAGUGGUUGCUUUUGUAACAAGUUUGAAAUGAAUAAUUUAACAGCCAACCCAUGUAAUAUGGAUUCAGUCUGCAGCAUAAAAAUCACUAAACAAACUAUAAUAAAACAGAUAGCAUUAUGAUAAUAUUAUGCAGCAUUUUUAAUAUCAAUGAAUAGCACAGUAUAUAAAAAUCUCAAUUGGACACAGUAUUUGAGGUGGGUUCUGACCAAAAUGAAAUAAAGUGGAACAAUUACUUCCUGUGAUUUGGAAAUUAUACUUCUGUUGAUGCAGCCUAAAAUUGCAUUUGCCUUUAUUGCAGCCACGUCACACUGCUGGCUCAUAUUCAGUUUGAAACCAACUAUGGUUGAGAUCUUCUUCACAGGUAUCAUUACCAAUGCUAAUAUCCCCCAUUCAGUAGUUGUGUAUAUGGUUUUUGUUUCCUAAACUAAGAAUUGUGUUUGUUUUCCUUACAGUGAGCUGCU